UGUUGCGUCACUCUUUUAUGUUCUGUUUCUGAGUUAUGGGCUUAAGCAGCAGCUACUCCUUACUCUUACAUCUUUCACAUGUCCUGUACUGUUAUCCCCUAGCUUCUAGUUUCUAGCUUCUUCCCACACUAGUCACUACUAGCCUCUCAACUCAACUCAACUCAACUCAACUACUACUGUUCCCAUCUCUCACCCUUGCUUUCUUGUUUACCAUAUAGAAAUUUAAGAAGUUUCUUUAACCUUGUGAUAUUUCAGAAGCCAUGGAGAUUGAUAAAGUUUAUGAUGGUGCUGAUGAUGUCUUGCUUCCAACUGAAAGUCUACCACCUUCUUCUGCUGCAUCUCAGUUUCUUGAUUCCUUCUGGAUUUCCAAGUCUUCGCCUUCUUUUCAAGGGGACUCUGUUUCCGGCUCUGCGGAUAUGGUUAAUUUUCAGAAUUCCCCACCUGAAGAUGCUGCUGGACUUGAGGGAUUAAUACCUGUCAUGGAAAAAGGAGAGGGUGGAAAUGAGGACUAUGAUCCUGGAUUUCAUCAGCCCGAAAAGAAAAGGCGACUUACAGUUGAUCAGGUUAAGCUUCUUGAGAAAAGCUUUGAGGUAGAAAACAAGCUUGAACCUGAGAGGAAAUUUCAACUUGCAAAGGAUCUUGGUUUGCAGCCUAGGCAAGUUGCUAUAUGGUUUCAGAACCGACGAGCCCGGUUCAAAACCAAACAGCUUGAAAAGGAUUAUGAUGUCCUGAAAGAAAGCUAUGAUAAGCUCAAAGUGGAUUAUGAUAGCCUUUCUAAAGAUAACAAGAAAUUGAGGCUUGAGGUCGAAUCACUCAAAGAGAAAAAGAGGCUUGAGCGGCAAAAUGUAACGAGUUCAGUUGUACCAGAACCAGCAAAGCUACCAUUAUCAAGUCCAAUUUCUCAGAAUGAGAUCAGUGCAAAUGUGAUAACAAUAAAGCAGGAGGAUGCAAAUUCAGCCAAGAGCGAUGUUUUGGAUUCAGAGAGUCCACAUUAUGCUGAUGCGAACCAUAUUUCUAUAUUCAAGCCUGUUGACUCUUCUCGAGUCCUAGAACAAGAUUUAUCCGAUUUCUCCCAAGACGAAGAUGAUGACUUGUGCAGGAUUUUGCCAGCCUCGUGCCUCCCAAAGCUCAAAAUUGAAUCUUACGAUGACUUAACUGCAGACCCUUGCAAUUUGGGUACUUCUGUUGAUGAACAAACCUUCUGGUUUUGGCCUUAAUGUCAAGUAGUUCCUGAGAAAAAUCAAGCAAUAAGCAUGUUUGUAAUUAAAUUUUACUGCCAUGAAUAAAAGUGGAACCUUAAGUAUUCAA